AUGUCGUCUCAUCUUCCAAUCCGUCGCGCUCUAUACCAAUGUAUACGGCGCAGUCACCCUUCCAUCUGGCACCUCCCGCAGCAGCAACAAACCCGCCUCCUGUCUUCAUCACGAUCACUCCGAUCCACCGCGAACCCUCUGCGAAAUGCCUCCGGUGCGGGGCGGAAAGGCUCCACGGAUCAGAAGAUGACAAUGGCACUCUGCGUUGCCGGAAUGAUUUCGUGCGGGGUGGCUAUGUUUGGAGCAAUUCAGAUCUACUUCCCACAAGGGGCGAAGAAGACUGGCCAAGAGGGCCAGGAUGGCCACAAGCCCAGCACUGGGAACACUGGGGGGAUUAAACUUGACGGACCGCCGGGGUUGAAUUCAGGGAGUGAUCCCACGCUGAUAAUUGAUGGAGUUGAACAAGUGCCCACAGGAAAUUCCACGAUCCCCCAUUUCCCAAAAGUAAUCCGCCUGCCUGCAUCUCUGGAUUCGCCGUCUUCUCGCCCCGAAUCGGUUAGGCAAAUAGGCGACGAAAUCAAAAAGGGAGACGGCAGAGAGGAAGACUACUACCUUCUCGGCUUGGGAAUCCGUACUGUUUCAUUUCUCAGUAUCCAGGUCUACGUCGUCGGCCUCUACAUUGCGGCCUCGGACAUGGCGGCAUUACAGCAGCGCUUGGUCCGACAAGCAGCUUCGCCGAGCGUGAGCGGAGCUCCCAACGAGAGUGCCGUGACGGCAACGUCUCUGGUCCCGCAGGAAAAAGAUGAUUUGAAGAAAGCGCUUCUUGACCCGGAGCAGGGCGAAGAAGUAUGGAAUCAGGUCCUCAAGGAUGCGGGCAUACGGACUGCGAUCAGAAUAGUCCCCACGCGGAAUACGGAUUUCCUUCAUCUGCGCGAUGGAUGGGUGCGGGCGAUCACGGGCCGUGCGCAAAAGGCCAAUGCAAAGGCGAAAGAGCUCGCUGCCAAGAGCGAACCUGGUGCGCCGCCGCAAUCUGACUUUGCGGAUGACUCGUUUGGCAAGGCAAUGGGUGAUUUCAAGGCGUUGUUGGGCGGUGGCGUUCGCAAGAAUGUUCCCAAAGGCCAGACGCUGCUGCUGCUUCGAGACAAAGUAGGCGCGUUGGAGAUUUUGUAUCAGCCGGGGAAUUCGAAGCCGAUGAUUUGGCUGGGUGAAGUCGUAGAUGAGCGGAUUAGCCGGCUGUUGUGGAUGCAAUACCUGGCGGGCAAGUCUGUGGCCAGCGAGGGUGCGAGAAAGGACAUCAUCGAAGGAGUUAUGGGGAUUGUUGAGCGACCGGUGGGAACGGUUGAACAAAUGGUUGCAUGA